GAGGUGUGAGGGAGAGAGAGGGGGGGGUGAGGGUUGGGGUUGACAUGAAGAUCUGGAGCUCGGAGCACGUGUUCGGCCAUCCAUGGGAGACUGUUAUCAAAGCUGCAAUGAAAAAGUAUCCGAACCCCAUGAACCCCAGUGUAGUGGGAGUUGACGUAUUGGACAGAAACCUGGACCCACAAGGCAGAUUGCACAGCUAUCGUCUGCUCUGCACAGAAUGGGGACUGCCCACCAUUGUCAAGGCUAUCUUGGGUUCAAGCAGGACCACAACUUACGUUAAGGAACACUCUGUUGUAGAUCCAGUCGAUCAGACCAUGGAGCUCAGCUCUUCUAACAUAUCCCUCACUAACUUGGUGUCAGUCGAUGAAAGGCUGAUAUAUCGACCUCAUCCGGAAAACUCUGAACUGACCGUUCUGACACAGGAAGCAAUUAUCACAGUGAAAGGAGUGAGUCUGAGCAGCUAUUUGGAAGGAUUAAUGGCAAACACGAUUUCUGCCAACGCCAGAAAGGUUUCCAAACACACAAUUGGCCUCUGGUACCUUCCCCAUCACUUGGCACUUGCCAAGGCACUGGAGUGGGUCAGAACGAUAAACAUGGAGAUCUGACAAGCUGGAGACGUCACAACAUCUGACAGUAACCAGACUGUGGUGUGGAUUGCCUGUCCCUCUGCCACCCUUCACUGUCCAGCACUUGGGCUGAGAGUGGGAGGCAUUUUUUGGUGGGUGGGGGGGGAACCUGAUGUUUUGUGUUCUGCUUUUAUUUAUUGCAUCAUCAAAUUUUUUUUAAUAAGAAUUUAUGGUGACCAAAAUAUGUCUUGAAUGUGUGAAAAACGCCAAAAAUUCCAGUGUUUUGGAAAUCAGUGUUAACCAGCAGCUAAACUAGACACCUGGGCAACUAGGCACCUGGGCACUUGGGCAACUAGGCACCUGGGCAACUAGGCACCUGGGCACCUGCACAACUAAGCACCUGGGCAACUAGGCACCUGGGCAACUAGGCACCUGGGCAACUAGGCACCUGGGUAACUGGGCACCUGGGCAACUAGGCACCUGGGCACCUGCACAACUAAGCACCUGGGCAACUAGGCACCUGGGCAACUAGGCACCUGGGCAACUAGGCACUUGGGCAACUAGGCACCUGGGCAACUAGGCACUUGGGCAACUAGGCACCUGCACAACUAGGCACCUGGGCAACUGGGCACCUGGGCAACUAGACAUCUGCACAACUAAGCACCUGGGCACCUGGGUAACUGAGCGAGCAUCUGGGCAACUGAGCACCUGGGCAACUAAUCACCUGGGCAACUAAGCAACUGGGCACCUGGGCAAUUA